GAGAGAUAAAAAGGGAUGGGGAGACAGAACGAAAAUGACAAAGAGAGAGAGAGAGAGAGAUCCAUAUAGAAGGCAUAUAUUAUUCAAGUAUAACGGUUUCAUGGUGUAGUCAGUUUUAAAAUGAUGACGUAAUUUCCAAUAAAUCGAAGGGUCACAUUUACAAAGAAAUACUUCGAUCAUUCUUUUAAAUAAAUGCUUCACUAGCUUCACAGUGUCAACUCGACGUGAAGUUAGACAUACAUCUCUCACUGAUCGGAAUGGCAAGCAAUUCUAGAGUUGGCCACCUUCUGACACUUCAAGAACUCAUUUUGAGUCUCAGGGAAAAGGUCAUACAACGUUCAGAUGGCAUUGAUGAACUGUUAACCAACUUCCAGAUUACAUUCGAGGAUUGCAAAAAGUAUGCUUUUGUCAAAGAUUCAAAAGGGUGCAGCCGAAAUCUCAUUUUUGAUGAGCCUGAAGUGUGUCGUCUCACUUUGAGUGUAUGGAAACCAGGUUUUCAAAAUAGAAUACACGACCACGGCCAAUCUCAUUGCUACUUCAAGGUUAUACUUGGCUUAUUAGAAGAAACCCAUUUCCGAGACGGACGUCACGUUGCUGAUAGUGUAUACAAGGAGGGUCAAGUGUGUCACAUGACCGACACAGGAGCCUGUCAUCAAAUGAAAAACAACCAUGAUGGCUACUCUGUUUCUCUUCAUGUCUACAUACCGCCUUUUGAUAGGUGUAACACGUACGAUGAAGCAGGUGGAGCUGCCAUACCCGUAACGCCCUCGUUUAUUUCACGCUACGGGUUUGCGGUGGACCGAGAAAGCAGACGUUUACUUGAUGUAUUGAACAUUAGGCCUAUAAUCCAAAUGUAAUUUAUGCGCUUUGAAAUGUACUUUCUUAUUAUGUUCUGUAUCAUGUGAAUCUUAUAAACAUUCUGAUUCUGAAAUACAGUUUAUUUCACACACACACAUACACACACAAAACGAUAACCAUUUAUCUGCUUUGAAUAGUAGUUCUCAAAACUGUGGUCCGUGGACCCCUGAAACGAGCUUAAGGGUCCACAAAAAGAUAAAAAUUGUAUAGAAUUAAAAUAACGUCUUUGUUUACAGCCAGUAUCUCCGAUCGGAUAACUUGAAUCAUUAUCCAUCCACCCCUCACUACUGUAUAAUGUGUCUAUUGCGUACUAUU